UCAGAACAAUGUGUCGUUCACAAUAAUGGGAUUACAGCCAUCUAGCCGGCUGCUCGCUCACUUGCCCCUCUCUCUCUCUCUCUCUCCCUCUCUCUCUCUCUCUCUCUCUCUCUCUCUCUCUCUCUCUCCUCUCCCUCCAUCUGUCUGUCGGUAGUCGUUCGACCCCUCUCUCUCUCACCCAGUGUGCAGGUUCUUUCAGUUUUUGUCGUCUGUUUUUUGGAGGAAUGAAAGAAAGACGGACUGUUUCCUGAAGGAAGUAAAGAGGAGCUGCCAUGUUGGCCUCCUCCAUCCUCCCGUCUCUUCUCUUCCUCCUCCUCCUCCUUCUCCCUCCCUCCUUCUCUGCUGAUGUCAUUGUGACCUCAGACCCCUCAGUGCGAUGGGUGGAGCUACAUGGCGCCCCCCUCUCUCACUUACUGCUGGACCCGAGGACAGGGCGUCUGUAUGUAGGCGGGGUUGACCACCUUUACCAGUUGACAUCUGACCUGGAAGUGAUGUCACAUGUUAGGACCGGCCCUCACUUGGACUCCCCGGACUGCCUGCCCCCCAUUGUCCCUCAGGACUGUCCCUCAGCCGUACCCACACACAACCACAACAAACUGCUGCUGAUGGAGGCGGGACAGGGAGCGGAGCCAGGGAGUUUGAUCGUCUGUGGUUCACUCUAUCAGGGCAUCUGUGAUAAAAGGAGUCUCUCCAAUAUCUCUCAGCUCAUCUAUCAGACGUCUAACCCCGUAGACACUCAGUACGUCGCCGCCAACGACCCCCGAGUCUCCACUGUCGCUGUGGUAGUUACCAUAGAGAACAAACAGGAAGUGAACGGCGUGCUGCGUCUCAUGCUGGUUGGUCGAGGCUACACCAGUAAAGGUCCCGGUGACAUCCCACCAAUCACGACGCGGCGUCUGUUCCCGGUGGUCCCACCUCGCCGGGCGUUCUCUCAGGAGGAGGAGCUGGGGAAACUUGUCGUAGGAAGUUACUCUGAGUACAACAACCAUUUUGUGAAGGCUGUUGCCCACGGUGAACACGUCUACUUCCUGUUCUCGAGGCGGGACAUGUGGCACAAGAAGGAGUACCGGACCUAUGCCUCCCGCCUCUGCACCUCUGACCGCAGUUUCUACUCAUAUGUGGAGGUGCCACUGCUGUGCCACGGUGGAUACAACCUGGCUCAGGGGGCGUGGUUAGGAAACCACUCAGGUGAACCCGCCCUGUUUGUCGUCAUGGCAGUAGGGCAGGCGUCCACACCUGUAGCGACUGGUCGAUCUGCACUGUGUGUUUUUGGGAUGGCAAAGCUGGACGCCAUGCUGCGACAGGCACAGGAAGUGUGUUACACAGAGGGAGGACGAGGCAGCAACGGACAGGAAGAAGCCUACAUCGAGUACGCUGUGUCAUCGAAAUGUCUCAAACUACCAAAGGUCUCUCUCUCCGAGUACCCCUGUGGGGGGGAACACACACCGAACCCCAUCGCCAGUGCUGUGCCGCUCCCGGCCACGCCCACCUUUACCUCCACCACCCAGCUGACCGCCGUCACCACGGCUACAGAGGCGGGACACACCAUCACCUUCCUGGGAGACAGAGAGGGACAACUGCACAAGGUGUUGGUGCGCACUGACUGGUCAGGUGAUCUGUAUGGCAGUGUGUCGGUGAACAGCGGCAGCGCUGUCAGUGCUGACCUCCUAUUGGACGAGAGCCAGCAGCACAUUUAUGUUUUAACCAGCAGCAGGUUGUCAAAGGUUCCUGUGUCGUCAUGUGAGAGACAGACAGACUGUCAGUCCUGUCUCGCCGUCAGAGAUCCAUACUGUGGCUGGUGUGUUCUGGAGGGAAGAUGUUCCCGUAAACAUCAGUGUCAGCGUCACCUUCAGUCCAAUCACUGGCUCUGGAGCUUCGAACCAACCAAUCAGUGUGUGACAGUACAGAGCCUGCAGCCGGCCAAUCAGAGCAAAGAUGAGCAGACCCAGGUACAGGUAACGCUGUCAGUCAUCCAACUUCCCACCCUCACUGAGGCUGAGUCUCUAUCCUGUGCCUUUGGGCUCCUCCCACCUCAGCCAGCCAUCGUCAUGGGAACCAGCAUCACCUGUCAAUCACCUGCACCGGAGCUCCUCCCACCCAUGCCCGCAGGAAGAGAUCACAUGAUCCUGCCUGUGUCACUGAGGUUCAAUCACGUGACCAUCACCACAGGUCACAUGACCUUCUAUGACUGUGGAGCAGUGAGCCGCCUCAACCAGAGCUCCCAGUGUCUGGCCUGUGUCAGCAGUGUGUGGAAGUGUAACUGGUGUCCUCUGGAUCAACUCUGCACUCACAACCACAGCUGUCCCAACCAACACAUCAUCCUGAACCAGAGAGACUCUCCUGGUCCCUGUCCCCUGGUGUUCUCCCUGCAGAGUUCUGCCUUAGUGCCGAUGGGCCUGAGCACCACUGUGGUGUUAGAGGGACGAAACCUGGACAUCUACACCGAUGAAGCUCAGUACCUGUGUGUUGUGGAAAUCCAAGGAGUCCAGAUCAACCUGACAGCUGCUGUGGAGAAAUCACAUGACAACACACACACCUUCACCUGCAGCCCACACCAGUUUCAGUAUGCAGUCAGUCAGCUUCAGUAUUCUGCCCCCGUCUACCUGCGAAAAGGAGAGAGACGCAUUGACGCCUCACCUGGCCUCCGACUCCAGUUGUACGACUGCUCAGCUGGCCAAUCAGAUUGCUCGCAGUGCAGGGCGGUCCCUGAGGAGUACGGCUGCGUGUGGUGUCCGGGAAGCCCCACCCCCAGCUGUGUUUACAACCAAUCAUGUACCGGCAUACCUGAAGACACCUGCCCACCUCCUCAGAUCACUCAGGUGUUACCUCUCUCUGGUCCUCUCGAGGGUGGAGUCUUGGUAACAAUCAUAGGGUCAAAUCUGGGGAUGAGGUACCAGGAUGUGGUGGAUGGAGUCACAGUGGCAGGUGUUCAGUGUCCGCCCCAAUCUGUAGGAUACCAGAUCUCCACCAGGGUUGUGUGUGAGCUGCAGCCCAGUGGGAAGCAGAGGGAGGGACCUAUCCUGGUUACCGUGGGAACAACCCCACCUGGGAGAUCAACGCAGAUCUUCACCUAUCAGGACCCUCAGCUCCUGGAGCUGGUUCCUAAUAAAGGUCCAGUAUCUGGAGGAACCAGACUGACCAUCAGAGGAUGGCAGCUGUUGACUGGACAGACGUCUGACCUGAGCGCCUUCGUGGGUCCACAGCCCUGUUACAUUGUGGAGGAGGUGAAUGACACCCAGUUGGUGUGUCAGACUGGUGCCAGUACUCAGACUGGUGGAGUCACAGUUCGGGUUUUGUUCGGUAAAGCAGAGCGGAUCGUUCCCAACGUUACCUUCCGUUACCUUGAUGACCCCGUCAUCACUGACGCCACACCUUCAGAGAGCUUCUAUGCAGGGGGGCGCAUCGUCAUGGUGACAGGCAGGAACCUGGAUGUGGUCCAGCAGCCAAUCAUAUCUGUGUGGGUGGAGCCUCUGGAGGUCCAGAGGGUGAAACGGAGAAGACGAUUGGCUCUCCUCACCGCCAAGCAGCAGCUGGUCUUCAACAGCACCAUGACAACGGUAUCGGAGCACUGUUCGGUCCUUUCGUCCUCUCAGAUGACCUGUCCAACCCCCACAGUGACCCCAGAGGUCAAAGUAAAAAGUGUCUGGUUUCAACUGGACAACGUCAGAGUACACUACGAGAGCAUCAAGGGUAAAAGCUUCACUUAUUAUCCAAACCCAGAGUUUUUUCAUCUGAAUCGAGAAGCUCCAGAUGCUCCGUAUCGUUUCAAACCGGGAGGAGUGAUCGCUGUGGAGGGUCAGGACUUGACCAGAGCCAUGUCCAGACAGGAAGUAACCGCUCGGCUUGGAGAUCAGGAGUGUGAGGUGAAAACUCUGGACAACACACACCUGUACUGUGAACCUCCAGAGAUCCAACCAAUGAGUGUGGACGACAGCAACGACCUGCCAAGUCUCAAGGUGUUUAUGGGAAACCUGCAGGUGGACCUGGGAAUGGUUCAGUACGACAGUGACUCUCUGCUGUCUCCCGUUCCAUUGGCUGCUCAGAUUGGUUUGGGGGCAGGAACAGGUGUAAUCAUCCUGUCAGUGCUAGUGGUCAUCCUGAUGUACAGGAGGAAGAGUAAACAGGCGCUCAGAGAUUAUAAGAAGGUUUUGCUGCAGUUGGAAACUCUGGAAAUCAAUGUUGGAGAUCAGUGUCGCAAAGAGUUCACUGACCUAAUGACAGAGAUGAUGGACUUGAGCAGUGAUGUUGGAGGACCAGGACUCCCCCUGCUGGACUACAGGACGUAUGCAGAGAGAGUCUUUUUUCCCGGCCAGCAGACGGCACCAUUGAGCCGCCAGCUGGAUCUUCCGGAGUCCAGGAGGCAGACUGUGGAGCAGGGACUCCAGCAGCUCAACAACCUGCUCAACAACAGACUCUUCCUUACUAGAUUCAUCCACACUCUGGAGGCCCAGCAGGGUUUCUCUCAGAGAGACCGGGGUUAUGUUGCCAGUCUGCUCACCAUGGCCCUUCAUGAUAAACUGGAGUACUUCACUGAGGUCAUGAAGAGUCUGUUGCAGGACCUGGUCCAGCAGUAUGUUGCCAAGAACCCCAAACUCAUGCUACGCCGGACAGAGACAGUUGUAGAGAAGAUGUUGACCAACUGGAUGUCGAUCUGCCUCUACUCCUUCCUGAAGGAGGUGGCAGGCGAGCCUCUCUACAUGCUCUACAGAGCUAUAAAGUAUCAGGUAGACAAAGGGCCAGUUGACGCCGUGACAGGAAAAGCCAAACGAACACUCAACGACAGUCACCUGCUGCGAGAGGACAUUGACUACUCUGCUAUGACCCUGACAGUCUUGGUGAAGAACGGAGUUGAGGUUCAGCCGUGUCCUGUUAAGGUGCUCGACACCGACACUAUCACACAGGUGAAGGAUAAGAUCCUGGAUCAAGUCUACAGGGGAGCUCCGUUCUCUCAAAGACCAGCAGCUGAUAGUCUGGACCUGGAGUGGCGUUCAGGUCAGGCGGGUCACCUGACCCUGUCGGAUGAUGAUGUCACAGCAGUGGUUCAGGGUCGCUGGAAACGGAUCAACACGUUGCAGCACUACAAGGUUCCAGACGGUGCGACUGUGGCUCUGAUUCCUCGUUCACAGAACUCAGGUGGAGUUGGAAUCAACCAGGUGUUCCAGACUGGAGAGAAAACACCGAUGCUAGAGGGUGAGGAGGAGGAGGGUCUUCGUCUGUGGCACCUGGUGAAGAGCAGCGAAGAUCCUGAAAUUCCAAAACACAGAAAGAGCAGCAUGAGGGAGAGAGAGCGAGCCAAGGCCAUACCUGAGAUUUACCUGACCAGACUGCUGUCCAUGAAGGGGACACUGCAGAAGUUUGUGGACGAUGUCUUUGUGGCCAUCCUCAGUACAAAGCGUCCUCCUCCAAUUGCCGUAAGAUUCUUCUUUGACUUCCUGGACGACAUGGCUGAGAAACACGGCAUUGACGACCCCGAGACGGUUCACAUCUGGAAGACCAACAGUCUCCCUCUCAGAUUCUGGGUGAACAUCCUGAAGAACCCUCAGUUUGUUUUGGAUGUUCAGGUGACCGACAGCAUCGACGCCGUCCUGUCAGUCAUUGCUCAGACCUUCAUCGACUCCUGCACCACCUCUGAACACAAAGUGGGACGGGACUCUCCUGUCAACAAGCUGCUGUACGCCAGAGAGAUCCCCCGAUACAAACAGCUGGUAGAGAGGUACUACAGUGACAUCCACAGCGCUGCGUCAGGCUGUUACCAGGAGAUGAACUCCACUCUGACUGAACUCUCAGGGAGUUUCGCCUCGGAGAUGAACACUGUUGUUGCUCUUCAUGAACUCUACAAGUACAUUAACAAAUACUACGACCAGAUCAUCAUGUCUCUGGAGGAGGACAGUUCGGGUCAGAAGAUGCAGUUGGCCUACCGACUGCAGCAGGUUGCUGCCCUGGUAGAGAACAAGGUCACUGACCUCUGAUGACCUCUCUGACUCCAUCAACCAGCCCCCAGGAAGAACUGGCCUCUGAUGACCUCUGACCCCUGGAGACACUUGGAGCCCCACAGAGGAAGAGGAGAGGAUGAAGAAGCUCCUUCAGCAGCUCUGAGAGACUGAAACUCUGGAAACCAUCGUACUCAUGUUAACAUUGUGUCUUCCUGCUGUGUGUGUGUGUGUGUGUGUGUGUGUGUGUGCGUGCGUGUGUGUGUGCGUGUGUGUGCGUGUGUCCAUGUCCGCUUGGGAUAUAAUAUACAAGGUUUUUAUAGUUGGACUCAGGAUGUCUUUAGAUCCCUUCACUCUGCUGCAGCAGCAGCUGAACCUGCUUGACCUGAAACUUAAUCAAACCAAAACUUAACCAGACUUAAACUAGACCUAAACCAGACUUAAUCCAUACUUAAACCAGAUGUUAGACCCAUCUGACACCAGUCUGUGAUGUAAAAUGACAAUCUAACCGAUCAGAUCAGGGAAUAUCGUCUCCUGCUGCCUUGCACUACAUUUCCCAGAGUUCCCUGCUGUGCUGUUCUGCUGUCUGUCAAGAGUCAAAAGCACAAUUGUAAUAGUUUCUACUGAUGACAUGUAUUGAUCAUUGAUCUGCUGGAUGUUUUUUAUCGACAGUGUUGUUGCCUUCACUACUGAAACCAGCGUUGUGAUGCAGGUCUGCCCCCUCCCCCCACAUGUGGAGGUUUGACUCAAUGCAAUAACAGAAUCAGGGAGUGGUUUGAAAUCACUGUUUCAGUCUGAUUCCAGUUUCUGGUUGUUUUUUAACAACACAAGCUGGAGCUAAAAGUUCUAGUACAACCUCAGGAUCAGGCCUGCACUGGUUCCCAGUCUCUCCAGUCUUCCUCAGUUCCAGGUUGAGUCCAGAUUGACUCACCAGGGUUCUCAGGUUUGGAUAAUUCAAGCUACAAGCACUGAAUUUUUAUUUAUCGACCAAUCAGCGUGUAGCAGAUGAGUGGCUUGAAGAAAGAUGGAAGAGCAUCAUUCAGUGACGCUUGUUACUAUGGAGACCAUAGUGCGAUUGAGGUCACAUUUUAUUGAGUCUCUUUCAAAUUGAGUUUGAUGGUGCUUCCUUGGUUCCCUUUUAGCUUGGGUCUGGUUGUCCUUGGGUCCAGUUCAGCUUCAUUAGGCCCCAUUUGGAUUGGGUUUAAUGGUCCUUCUGGUCCCGAGUAGAUUUUCAGGUCAUACUUGAGUGUCCCUCCUUCCUUAUGUUCCAAACUCUAUGGAUCAGAUUUGAAUGACUAACCUUGGGUCUCAUGUGGAUCUUCAGUAUUGUCAGGUUAGGUCUGAGAAGGGUUUCCAUUGGUCAUUGAAGGCCUCUUGUCUGCAGCAUGUUCAGGAUUAGGUGGAUUUUCUUUAGGUCCAUUCAGGUUUGGAUUCAUUGCUUGUUGGUCCAGUCUGGUCUAGGUCCAGUUCAUGGGUUUUUAUUUUUAUGAAUGAGUUGAUCUCAUAUUCGAGUAACAUAAGUCAUUCAACAUGUAACUUCAACAAGCCCAGUCUGAUCAUCAAACCGACCAAUCAGAGCCAGACUCUCUAGCUGAAUGAUCAGGGAGGUUUAACUUUCUGAUCGAAGCAGGUCACCUGAAAAGACCUGACGAUGAUGAUAUAUUGUUUUCACUGCUCAAAUAAAACCUGAACUUACAAGAUAAAAGGAGGUUGAUAGCUGGAGAUCUACCUGAACUGCUGAAACAGGUAGUUUGACUGAAGUUAACUUGCUGGUUAAGUUUUUGUAUGUAAAAUAAAAAGUUUAGAGACAAGAAACUAGAAUCAGACUGAACAUUUUAAGUCGAACCUGCUGAAUGAACAAAGAGCUGAAGAACGAUCAAAACAAUCUGAAAUCUGGGGGUUUAAACUGUGUGUGUGUGUGUGUGUGUGUGUGUGUGUGUGUGUGUGUGUGUGAGUGUGUGUGUGAGUGUGUGUGAGUGUGUGAGAGAGAGAGAGAGAGAGAGUCACUAACUUAUUGUGUGUACAUACUGUAAGUCCUAUUUAUACCUAUUUAUCCCAGCUGUGCCUUCACUCUUGCAGCUAGGUGGCACUGUCUGUCUGUUCUGACAGUAGCCUUAUUGAGCAUGUGUCCCAGAGCAUCAUGGGAACAUAAAUUCAUUUUAAUGUUUAACUUUUAUUGAACCAGGGAGGGAAAACAACAAACCCUGCAUUAUGUACUAAUACCCCACACUGAACCCAGUCUAACACUGAACAUAUAUUACAGAACCAGCUAGCAUAACAUUAUGCUAUAUUACAGAACCAGCUAGCUUAACAUUACAGAACCAGCUAGCAUAACAUUAUACUAUAUUACAGAACCAGCUAGCAUAACAUAAUGCUAUUUUACAGAACCAGCUAGCAUAACAUUAUGCUAUAUUGCAGAACCAGCUAGCAUAACAUUAUGCUAUUUUGCAGAACCAGCUAGCAUAACAUUAUGCUAUUUUACAGAACAGCUAGCAUAACAUGCUAUAUUAUAGAAUAUCUAGCAUAACAUUAUGCUAGGCUAGUCUCAACUCAUGGUUCACUUCUGGAGUUGAGAUUAUUGUGUCAGCUGCUGUUUCUGUCAUCAACAAUGAUCUGUCAAGUUUAAAUGUUACAUGAGGAGUUACUGGUAGCAACAAUUGUACAAGCUGUUAAAGUCUGUAAUAAAUUAUAUUGAGCUAUGAUUGCAUUGACAAGAGGUUAUGGUUAUGUAACAUCCUUAAACAAAGAUGGCUCCUUACAGCCUGCGUAAUGUCAGAUAUGUGAGCUGUUUGAAACUAGCUGCUUGUAGAAAGCAUAAGGUAUCAACAAACACCCUGAUUAAAUGUAUAUUAAAACAAGCAGCUAGUGAAAAACAGCUAGCUGUUUGUAGUUGGUAACGUGAGAUUUUAUGAAACAUUUAGCAUAACAUCUGGUAUGCUAAUUGUUUGAAAUGUUUGUUUAUCCUCAGGCUCAGCUCAGUACAAACAUGGAGGUUGUUUGUUUAACCUGAACACAACCUGAGACAAAAACUGAUGAAUUUUGUCAGUAGAAUAAAACUAAUUUCACUGAAUUAACAGAGCACCCAUCUGAACACUGGGCUCAGGUGUGUGUAGCUGAUGGUUUAACAACAUGAGUUGUACAGGUAUGUUAUAUUUCUGGCUCUGAUCUCAGCCAGUUGAACCAUCUGACAGGCUGAAUCCAAAUAUCCUCAAUUCAUUAACAGCAAUAAUAAAGUCAAAAUCACUGAUUUCAGUCUUGGUUAAUUUGGCGACACCUGUAGUUUCUGGUGGUAACAGCAAAUACAGUUUAGCACUAAAGCUCCCAGAAUUCUGGGGGCAUAAAUAAGUCAGAGAAUAAACUGCCAGUCUCCAUCUUUGUGGGAGCAGCUGUGGUCUGUUUGAUGCUGCACAUGGCCUGAGUCUGAACAGCAGCACAGUGACAGGAGCUGAUUACCUGGCUGACCAGGUGGAGUUGUGCAGCUCUUCGUCAGCUCACUCUGGCUGCUCCUGACUCUUCAUCACUCCCUUCAACAUUUCAAACUGAUCCGAAAAAUUGACAUUGUUCUGUUUUGUACAUGUAUUUUUGAUGAACAACAGAACAAGUGCUAAGCCUAUUUAUCAAACACAUUGCAUCUUCUGUGAACACUUCAUAAUAAAAGUCGGCUCCUGUAUUACUAGUGAAAUGCUGUUAAUGUGAACCUGCAGCAGGAGGAAAUGAUCAGUGUCAUCAGCAGCAGAUUAACACAGACACAUAAAUAUUACAACACUUUGAUCAGAGGGUCAUAGAUUCAGUCACCAUAGUUCCCUCAUCAGACUUCACUUUAAAUCAGAGAACAGGAUCAUCAGAGAUGAUGUCGUUAUGAUGUUUCAGUGUUGUUUCAGCAUGAAGAAACAGUUCCCACAAGAACCUGGACAUAGAUCUGAUCUGAUCUUACAGUUUAACACCCCAACCUAACUGUGUCUGCAGGACUCAGUCUGUGAGUCAAGACAUUCAAGGUUUGGAUUCAUCCUGGAGAUUGUCAGCUGUGUUUCCAUGGCAACAGUUUGUUGUUUUACCUGUUGGGGUGUUUUCUCUGUGUGUAUGACACUGUACUAUUUAGUCUUCAUUUGAAAAUAUGCUUCAUGGGGACUCUCCUGGACUGUAUGUUUUUAAGUGUAAAUGGACUCUGACUGAAGACUGAACCCACCAGGCAAUAAUGAACAAACAGACUCUGACUGUCUGACUCAGAAACCUGAACCAGGUCUUCGUAUCUGAACGAUCUUCCUGCAGCUUCUCUACGUUUCUUCUUCUUCUGGUAUUUCUGAUUAUUGCUCUUUGAUCUUCUCUGUGUUUUUGCCUUGCGUGUUUUUUGAGUCUGUGUUUGACCCGUAGUUGUAAUUCUCUGAUCAGAUUAGACUUUGCAUGCGUGUGAUGAUGAUGAUGAUAAUUUACGGUGCUUCUUCAAGCUAAUUUGUUAUUUUGUUUUUUAAAUGAAGGCGGGAGGCAGUGUUUAAACUCUGCUGCGUCGCUGAUGAUGUAUAUCUAUCUCUAUCUGGUCUCUGUACAGUUUUCUAAUCUUCUGGAAGUAAUGGAACAGAUCCUCAGCUCUGAUUGGUCGAGCUGUUUGUUACUGAAACGUUUUUUCUACAAGGGAAUAAAAACUUUAACAUGUUUGUACAAAUAAAUCCAGGAUCAGUUGAUGAAGUAAUGAAGCACAGACUGCUUUUCUAUUGACCCUGUACAGUUUGCUAACAGUGUGUAAAUGUUCCUGUAAAUACCUGUCUGAGGAUGCUGAUGAUGAUGGUGAAUAUGACUCCGUCUGCAAUGGAAAUGUGUUUUUAUUGUGAAAUGGCAGAAGGCCAAACACAGUUUGUAUCAUGUAAAAAUAAAGUUAUAAUUUUAA